GACGCGUUCUCCCUCCACAACACACCGAGUGUGUGUGAAUUAACACUAAACCCAUCCACGGCGCGUUCUACACCAUAACGCAUGGCACUGCUGCUUUUUUUUUAAAGGUCUCUCACACACACACACACUAGUUGUCAGGUCGCAGUUUAGCCUUAGAGUCUAAGAACCACUUUUAUUAUAGCUGCUUAUAAAAGUGAACUUUUUUUAUUCUUUGGACUGGCGCUCGGUCCGGUGAACCUGAACAGCAGUCAGUAGACCAUCCUCAGGCAUAAUGUGCUUUAUCGUGCUGAAGUAAAAACCGCGAACGGAUGUGAGGAAAAGAGCGCCUGGAGAGAGAGAGAGAGAGAAAGAGAGAGAGAGAGAGAGACUCAACCCCUUUUUUUCUUCUUUCAAUCGUUCUGUUUCUUUUUUGUUUGGGUUAACAAUAGAGCAAGCGCGCUCGAGAGAGAGAGAGAGAGAGAGGGAGAGAGAGAGACUGGUAGACGCUGAACCUGUUUUCAUGCCUUCAGUGGAGCGGAGCGGGCGAUGGAUGUGAGAUUUUAUCCUGCACCCCCUUCGAGCGUGGGCUCCUGCACGUUAUCCACCGACUCCAGCCUUGCCUCUCUGGACUAUUACCACUGCAACAAGAACAGAUACAGUGUAGGAGACCGCGCUAGGCUGUACAGCGGUUUGCCCGUGAGGCCCAACCCUGACGGGAAAAGACUGCCCUCUUCAGGGUUUGAUGGUGAAAACAUGUACAUGAAUGAAAAUAACCAAGAGUUCCUUUCCCCAAGUCAGCAGAAUUACUCUGGGCAGGGAGGAGGCAGCGGGAAUGGAGGAGGCGGCGGCGACGAGGAUUAUGAGAUUCCUCCCAUAACUCCACCAAACCACCCUGAACCUCCUCUUCUGCAUCUGAUGGAUCCUGAGUCCAGCUAUCUGUGUCACUCGCUGCCCCAUAACGGCCUGAUCAACCCGUACUCGUACCCCGAGCUGCCUGCUCUCAUGAUGUCCAACAUGCUAGCACAGGACGGCCACCUGCUCUCAAGCCAAAUGCCCUCGAUGCAGGCUCUGGCCGGGUCAGACAGCGGGCACUACCCCCGUGCCCACCAUGCCCCCAAGCUAAACACUCCUCCUUCGAUACUGCCCCAUCCCAUGAGCGCUCUGUCCCAGCUCAGCUCUCGGAUUGGCCGAGGCUCCUUUACCUACGCUUCCCCUUCGUCCGUGGGGAGUCAGUCAGCCACGCCCUCUCCUUCGAACUCCACCCAGGAAGAGGAUGCAGAUUACCACACAAAGAUCACGGGGGAGAAAAGACCCUCCUCAGACAUGAUGAAGCCCAAACCCAAGCCCCAAAAGAAGAAGAAGAAGAAGGAUCCCAACGAGCCUCAGAAGCCCGUCUCAGCCUACGCUCUCUUCUUCCGGGAUACUCAGGCGGCCAUUAAAGGGCAGAACCCCAACGCUACGUUCGGGGACGUCUCCAAGAUCGUGGCUUCUAUGUGGGAUAGUUUGGGGGAGGAGCAAAAACAGGGGUAUAAGAGAAAAACAGAAGCGGCUAAGAAGGAGUACCUGAAGGCCCUGGCAGCGUACCGAGCCAGCCUGGUUUCCAAGACCUACAACGAUCCAGUGGAGAAUAAAAGUGCCCAGUCCAGCCAGCCUUCAUCUCACAUGAUGCCCCCUAACCCCCCGCUGUACAGUGUGCCCCCUCAGCCUUCCUCUCCUUAUCUGGGCCCGAGCCCCUUCCCUCUAUCUGACCUACAGAGUUACGCGGCUGCCGGAGCGCCUCGGCACGCGCUGCCCCGCUCGGCCAUGCUGCCCGCACUCAGUGCCUCCCCUCCGGCCUCUUUCCAAAUCAGCCCCCCUCUCCACCAGCAGCUCUCCCUGCACCAGGGCUCGCUCCUCAACCAGCCAAUCCGCAUGCAGCAGGUCCAGUCGCAGCCAAUCAUCUCCCACCAGAUGGGCCUCCAGUCCUCUCUCCACUCCCCGGGCCCAGGCCAGCAGGGCUUCUCUCACUUACAGUCAGAAUAUCAGAAGACUGUUGGAGGCUCUCAGUCUCCUGGAGCUCCGAACCCAGUGGGACAGAACCCUGACUGGGACAGUGAGUACUGCAAUCGGGAGUGUGGAGGAAACCACUGCAGUGGCAGCAUGAUAGGCAGGGACAAGCCACUCUACCUCACUUGAAGUGAUUGGAGAAGAAGCAAAAAGACGAUGUGUGACAAAAAAAAAAGUGAUAAAACAACACCAGGGAGUACCCUACACCUCUCCACCCUUCCCCCCCCCCCCCCCCUGUCACCUUCUGUUUUUACUCAGUGUCAUUUUCAUUCGUUUUUAGAAGGAUGUGUACGCGUGUUCUGAAGACUACUAGUGAUCCUCUCAUUUUUUUUUUUUUUUUUUGCCAAGCACUUAAAACGUACAAGGCCUCCCACUAGAGACCUUCCAGAGCACUCUUACUUUCUGAAUUAAAAAAAAAAAAAGCAACAAAAAAAAAAAAAAA